AGUGCAAUCAACAGCUGGAUCCUCUUUUAUUGUUCAGAGAUUAAGAUGACGAUACCUGCUAGUAUAAAGUUGUUGGUUCUACCACGAAAAAACACACCAAACAAGUAACCAAGCGGCACCAGGACAAGAAAAGCCAUGACGACCAUGAAGCUUGUGCGAUCGUUCUCUCCUCUCAUCGUCUUCUCCUUGCUCCUCCUGCUCACCUCCUCCACGACGUCCAGAGCCUCCCUCGUGGACGACGCCUGCACGUCGUUCGCGGCUAGCCACGCGGACAUCGGCUACGCCUACUGCGUCAGGUUCUUCCAGUCCGACGAGGGCAGCGCCACCGCGGACAGGUACGGCCUCGCCGCCAUCGCCGUGAAGAUCAGCGCGGCGACGGCCAGGGGCACCGCCAAGCGCAUCGCGGACCUGCAGGACCUGGAGCGCGACAAGAGGAGGAAAGAUUGCCUGAGCGCGUGCGGGGAGGUGUACGACUCCGCCGUGGACAGCCUCGACGAGGCGGCCAAGGGCAUCGCGUCGCGCAGCGCCGACGGCCUGCGGGACGCGGUGACCGUGCUCAGCGCCGCGCUGGACACCCCCGACACGUGCGAGGACGGGUUCCGCGAGCUCGGCCUGGCCUCGCCGCUGGUCGCCGAGGACGAGGAGUUCAGCAAAGAGUCGGCCAUCGCUCUCGGUGUCACAUCGGCCUUAUCGCCGCCGAGCUAGGAUGACGUCACAAGAGUUACAGCGUCUGUAAUCCUAUAAAUCCUUUGCGUAAUAAAUUAAUUACUCUGGAAAA